AUGGAUGGAAAUGUUGCCCCGGGGGACGAUCAUCUGGAUCCGCCCGCGAGACUGUAUGAGCGCCUACGCCAGAUUUCGGGGUACGAAUGGGACGAGGAUCUAGAGCCUUUUCAUUCAAGUUUUGAUAAUUGGCACGUCUUCGGCAUCAAAAUCCACUCACCACAACAAGAUGCGAACCACCACCCCCACGAAAAAGGAAGCCAUUCCCGCUCUCGGCCAACCUCAAAGCACAGAUCUUCGCCCUCCCUAAAGCCUCGUAGCAGGAAAACAGAUGCGAGCGAGAGCGACAACGACACGGGCGAUGAGCGAGUCUUACACGAGCAUAGCACCGUCGUUGCGCGCAUCUCCAUACACGCCCUGCGCGAGGAGCGUACAUACCACAUCUGCAAGAAUCUGAUCAAGUCCGCAGAUCCGGAAGGGGACCACAUAGUUCGGCCCUUGGAAAUCACUCGACUCGCGAGCCAGCAAGGUGAUAAGGGCCCGAUCGUUGUGUGUAUUUUCGAGAACCCAGGACCGAAUUAUUUGCCGAGGGUUAUUGAUUAUGGCCCUGCGUGGUAUACGGGCCGAAAGGUGGGAGACGCAUUUGAGGCCUUUAGAAAUGACUUCAUACCGACGGAAAAGGUGCCGUUGCAGACCUUCCUGGAUUUUGCGAUUGGGGCGACGGAGUGUCUUGAGAUUCUGCAUCAUGGUCAGCGGAUUGUGCAUGGGGAAAUUAGAGGGGAUGCCUUUCACAUGAAUCUGGAAACGGGGAAUGUGAAGCUUAUCAACUUCGGUUCUGGCCUAAGGACGUUCGAGCAUGGCCUUACAAGCACGGGGUGGUCUGCCUUGUCCAGGGAAGUGGGUGCGAAGAAUAAACUCUCGUUCAUGAGUCCGGAGCAGACAGGACGCAUGCCUGCCGAACCGGACAGUCGGACGGAUAUAUAUUCUCUAGGGAUACUCUUUUGGACUAUGCUUACACAGCAGGCUGCUUUUGAAGGCGAGACGCCGAUGGAUAUUAUCCAGGGAGUUUUGGGACGCCGACUUCCUACUGUGUCGAGCAUCAGAAUCGAUGUCCCAGAUGUCAUCGGGAGGAUCAUUCAAAAGAUGACUGCGAAAUCUAUUGGUGAUCGUUACCAUUCAGCUAGUGGCCUACGACACGAUCUCGUAGAAGUUCGAACGCUUUUGGGGGCUGGGAACUCUGCGGCACUUAAACACUGGCAAAUCGCUACUAAAGACGUCUCUUCAUUCUUCAUAUUGCCGACAGUCAUGAUUGGGAGGUCAGAUGAGCAUGACGAAGUGGUCAAAGUCAUUGAUAAAGUUUCACGGCGGCACAUUGUUGGUCAGAAGCAAGAUGUCUUUAGCAUAUCUUCUUCAUCUAGUCUGUCCCAGGACCGUCUCGACGAUCUGAAUGCUGCAAAUACUGCAAUCCUCGAAACGUCCAGUGAAGAGGUCACGAACUCUCCUGGGCCGUCAAAGUCAAACUCUAUUAGUACCGGUGGUCUUUCAGGGGAACAAAGAGACCAUAGGAGUGGAUCAAGCCACUUGAGGGGGGCACCAAGUUCUGCGGAAAACUUGGAUUUCUCAAGCGACCUCAACUCCUUUCGGAGUGGAUCAAGCCAAUUAAGACCCCCAAGCUCCGCGGAUAAUGUAGAAUUUUCUGGACGAUCAAGUGCCAUGCCAAAGCCCUGGGAGAAAAACAACUCGCUAACUAUGGACUCGAGGAGUACGCGUGACAGCAUGAAUUCAGAAGCUGGAGUUGGCGGAGGUACGAGAUCAAGUUCGGAUAGCGUGGGGAGUCUGGCCAACAGACAUAACACUCAAAAGUUCCACCGAAAAGGGCGCUGCGAGGUUGUUGGCAUUUCAGGGGCUGCGGGUUUGGGAAAGAGCUGUCUCGUACACUCUGUACAGGUUGAAGCGCGCCGGAGAGGUUAUUUUGCUUCUUCAAAAUUUGACAGGGCAAAGAAAACCCCUUUCGGGCCAGUUCUGAAAUUGCUAUCCAGUCUUUUCAAACAGGUAUUUUCCGAGAGCAACACAGACACGCCUUUUCACCAAAUACUGAAGCAAUACGUCAGACCAGCCUGGCCAAUGCUACACAAACUCCUAGGCCUUCCCGAGUUUCUGAUCGGUGCAUUGCCCACUGCGACUAAAUUUAAAUCACACCGUGCGCCUGAGUCAAUACACUCAAGCUCAGCGUCCCAAGCAUACAACAAGAGCGUAAGAUCCGACUUUAAUAAACUCGAAUUGUCAUCGUCAAGCUCCCAUGGUAGUCUUUACAACAAGGACCCUGGCACCCAAAACUCGCAGGACUUCCUCCGAGCUGGCUCAUCAACCAAAUCCAUGCGGUUAAUGAACACUUUCCUGGACGUCUUACGUGUGUUCACGCAGCAUAAGUUCAUCUGUGUCUGCUUAGAUGACCUGCAGUUCGCAGAUGAUGAAUCCCUGGAUCUGAUAACUCAAAUUGUCGCGGCGAGGAUGAAGAUGGUGAUUUUGGUCACUUAUCGACCCGAUGAGAUCCUCCCGGAGAAAAUCAAAGGAAUCAUCGAACCUCCAAAUACAGAGGGUAUCAAGUAUAUAAAAAUGGGUGGUGUUGGUGUCACUCGAAUUACCUUAAAGCCCCUGACUGAAGACGAUAUCGUUACAUUUGUGGCUGCGACCCUCUGUCGAUCAAAAGAAGACGUCAUUCCCCUAGCAGCAGUAAUCCAAUCCAAAACGGCUGGCAACCCAUUUUAUAUGAGAGAAAUGCUCGAUACGUGCCACCGAAAGCAAUGCAUAUGGUACGAUUACAAGCAAAGCAGCUGGUGUUUUAGCUUGGAUAGAAUCUUCAAGCAUUUUCAAACGGAGAAUUACUAUGAAACGCUAAACAAUGACUUCGUCACAAGCCGCCUUAAUGAAUUACCACCUGCUUCAAGGGCGAUAUUGGCAUGGGCAUCGAUAUUGGGAGCAUCGUUCUCGUUUGAACUGAUCCAAAGACUACUCAGUGGAGAAUUUGACUUUGAGGAGAUGGGCAUCGUUUCACCGGAAGACUUCAAACCCUAUGCAUUGACGUAUUCUCAAGAGGAGGCUGUCGAAGGACUUCAAGCGACAAUCCAAGCAUAUAUAAUCGUUGCUACCAACGACGAUGAUCGCUUCCGGUUUGCUCAUGAUCGGUAUAGUCAGGCGGCACUAUCUCUUGCUGAAUGCAAUGCAUCGAGAAUGCAUUUCAUAAUCGCACAGACGCUCCAGAAGUACUACUCUUCUCAGGAAAGAAGUCAGGAUGAUACGGCUAUGCAUGUCGCCAAGUCUGUAAACAUCAUCAAUGAGCGUGUGCUACAUAGGCAAUCUUUCAGGAAGCUCUUAUUCGACGUUGCACAAUCUAGCGCUGAAAAUGGUGCCAGAUCUACAGCGACCAAAUUAUAUACCAGUUGUUUUGCCCUCCUCCAAAAAGAUCCAUGGGAAGAGGGCGCUCUCGACGUCUAUUACGACGAGACUCUUCAGCUGUAUGUUAGGGCGGCGGAAUGCUAUCUUUACCUGGGACAAUAUAAAGACGCUAAGCGCCUCUUGGCCACUGUAUUUGAAAAGGCAAGGACUCCUGUCGACAAGGCACCUGCUUGGGUGCUCCAAUCAAGAGUCUUUGCUCAAGAAGGUGACUCGCCAGCGGCUUUCCAGGCUCUGAAGCAAUGUCUUCUUGCCUUGAACGUUGUUGUCGAUGAUGAGCCCAGCUUUGAGAAAUGCGACUUGGAAUUCGAACGUUUGUCUUUCAAGAUCCAGUCAAUGGAUUCCAAUAGUCUGGUAACAAAGCCGAUGGCGAAAGACUCGAAUAUUGCUGCGGCGGGUGCUGUCUUGGUAGAGACUACAAGUGGUGCAUACUGGACAGAUAGUUUGAUCUUCUAUCAGUUUACCUUGGUCAUGGUAAACAUGCAGUUGACCCAAGGAAACUUCCCUCAGGCAGGUAUGGGAUACUUGCAUCUCGCAUCGAUCGCAAUUACCCGGUUCACCAUGAUCAAGUUCGCAACUGAGAUGGGCAGCAUUUCCUUGGAGCUGAUGAAUCGAUGGCGAGACCCUUAUACCAUGGGUCGAGGUGGAACCAUUUAUUCGCUCUUUGUCGGUCAUAUUGACACAAACCUCCAGCAGUCGCUCAGACAGCUAGAAGGAGCUUUGGAAUAUGCUAUCCAGGCUGGCGAUCGGAUCUCUACGAUCCUGAAUUUCGGACUUGUUGCUAAUCUCAAGUUUUUCGCCUCGGAAAAUAUGGUGGAUCUUGAGAACUUCAUCCAGUAUGGCUGCGAAGAGAUACAUAAUUGGCAAUUCGACCCUAGGGGCGGCACGAUGGCUAUUGCUAUUCGCCAGGCAUGCCGCGCGAUGCAAGGAAAGACUGUUACAUAUAGCGCGCUGGAUAUUAUGAGCGACGAAGCGCACGACUCAUUGCAGUACAAGUUUUGGUUGAGAACGACACUCAGAUCCUCUGACCGCUCACUUUUCUUCUAUGAGGGCUUCGAAAUGAUUCCGCUGGUCUUGUAUGGCUAUUAUCCGAGAGCUAUUGAGUUGGGAGACGCUUUGCUCAAGAACAUUGACCUCGUAUGGUCUGCGAGGAAUACCCGGCAGGUUAUGUUAUUUCACGGAUUGGCUCUAUGUGGCGUGAUGUGGAGCAAGUUGUCGCACCCUCUGCGUGCGCUCAAGGAAGAUCAAUCAGUCGAUGUUAGAAAAAGCAUCGCAGUCACUCACCAACCUUCCGAAAUUGAUCUUGCUAAAGAGACUGCCGAUGUGGUCAAGCAAGUGAUGUACCUGAAAAAAAAUAUCGAGGACUGGCAGACUGUCAAUGAUGUCAAUUAUGUGGCUUGGUCGACAUUGCUUGCUGCUCAGAUUGCCGAAUUGGAGGAUGACCAUGGCAAAGCUUUGGCCUACUACGAGAAAUCGCUGGAUCACGCUUCAUCAAAUGGCUUCAUUUUUGAAGAAGCUCUUGGCAAUCACUUGUUUGCAAGUUUCUUCCUCCGAGCCGGUUCUAGGCGGGCCGCAAAAGCGUCGUUGCGAGAUGCCGUCCGACUAUUUCGGCAAAUCGGUGCUAUUGGAAUUGUCAAGUACAUCGAGGAUGAGCACAGCCUCUUGUUGCAAGGCCCAACCCAAAAUAUGCGGACUGCAGAAGCUGGUUGCCAGACCGACUUUGCUGGAGACUCGGCGCCUGUGCGGUAUAGGACACUCGAAGGUGACGAGGAUGAUGAACGCCAGCAAGCUCGUAUUUUGAUUACUGAGAGCAAGGGUGACAGGAUUGAUGCUUGGCAAGGAGGGUCGGCGCGGCCUGAUGCAGGUUCUGGACUGCCUGCUCUGGACAUGUUGGACCUGACGUCAAUUCUCGAAAGCUCUCAAGUCAUCUCAAGCGUACUUCAGGUUGACCAGCUUCUCAAGACCAUGUGCGAAAUUAUUCUGCAAAAUUGUGGUGGCCUAGCAACUUCAGCAGCUAUCGUCGUCGAGGAGGAUGAUCCAACUCCUGGCUGGAGCAUUGCCGCCAGUGGAGAUCCGGAAAGAGGUGCCAAGGCUCACAUUCCUGGACUUCCUCUGCGUGAAACUCCUCUUGUGGCUGAAGGCGUCAUCCUGUACUGCACGCGUUUUAGAGAAACUGUGUUCCUCUCAGACAUUCUCCGUGAUGAACGAUUCAGUAACGUCACCGAGGCGUGGUCGGCGCGAAAUCCCGUUGGCAAAUCAGUAAUCGCUAUACCAAUUGUUCAUGGCGAUAAGCCUCUUUUGGGUGUUCUGUACCUCGAGGGAGAGGUAAAUGCGUUCACUGACCGCAACCUUACCGUACUACAAUUGCUAGUCAACCAGAUUGGCAUCAGUUACUCUAAUGCACUGACGCUGAAGGAGGUCAAGAAGGUUUCUGCUUUCAACACUUCUAUGGUCGAUAUGCAAAAGAAGGCGCUCAAGAAGGCCAAAGAAGCUGAGGUCAAAGCGAAGAAGGCUGAAGCGGAAGCACUUGCUAGUGUGAAGCUAGCCGAGGAAGCUGCCAAAGCGAAGUCUAUCUUCCUGGCAAAUGUAUCGCACGAGCUUCGGACGCCACUCAACGGUGUGAUUGGAAAUUCAGAGCUUCUGAGGGAUUGCAAUUUGAGCAAGGAGCAGUCUGAGUUGGCAGAUUCCAUUCGUGUCUCAGCUGACCUGUUGCUCACUGUCAUCAACGAUAUCCUUGAUUUCUCGAGGAUGGAGGCCGACAAGAUGGAGCUUUGUAUCGAGUCAUUCAAGCCUGAUGAAAUGAUCCGUGAGAUUGUACGAUCUGUAUCUUACAGCUAUCGCGACAAGAAACGGCUCAAGAACAUCGAGAUCCUGCAGGACGUCAACCUACCGGAUCUGUUGAUCUAUGGAGAUCCCGUGCGGUUACAUCAAGUGCUGGGAAAUCUAAUAGGUAACAGUAUGAAGUUCACUGAGAUGGGCUCGAUCACUGUCGGUGCACGGUGCGAUGAACAGACCAAAGAAUCAGCCACCUUGACAUUCUGGGUCAAAGACACCGGCAUCGGCAUUCCAUCUCAGAAGCUUGUCAAAUUGUUCAAACCUUUCAGUCAAGCGGAUGCUAGCACAGCUCGAAAAUAUGGGGGAAGUGGUCUUGGUCUCAGUAUUUGCAAAUCACUCGUCGAAUCCAUGAUGGGAGGCCAUAUCCACCUCGAAAGUAUCGAGAAUCGAGGAACAACCGCCUGGUUCACCGUUACCUUCAAGAAGAUAGAUGAAUCAACACAAAAAACUCCUACUCUCCAUAAUGGCAUGGAACAGCGACGGGAUCCAAUGGCCAAAUAUUCGCCCGUCGUGCAGUCUACUGCUGCGUACUCAGACUACUCGCACAUCCCCCGGGAAGAACUACGUAUCUGCGUUGCGGAAGACAACCGCAUCAACCAAAGAAUUGCGAUUCAAUUCCUUCAGAAGUUAGGUUAUAAACAUGUCCACGCCUACGACAACGGCCUCGAAGCCGUAGAAGGGCUACGGAAGAAAGCAGAAGAAAAUGAACCGUACCACAUAAUACUCAUGGACGUCCAGAUGCCCGUACUAGACGGCUACGAAGCAACAAAACUGGUCCGGCGCGACCCAGUCGAAGUCGUGCGCAGCAUACUUGUAAUUGCUAUGACGGCCUCGGCGAUCCAAGGUGAUAGAGAGAAAUGUCUUGAUGCUGGCAUGAACGACUACCUUGCAAAACCGGUCCGUGUAGGCGUACUGCAGAAUAAAUUGGAUCAGUACUUAAAACAGGUUAGUUCUCCCCGCCCCCCACCGUCCACUCUAUUUUUUAUUUCACCUGAAUCUAAUAGAAUGCAACAGCCACACGUCGAUAUACCUAGUAUGUAUGCAACCGCGCGACAGGUUGCGAGUAGCGUUCUCAACGACUCAGCAUCUCAGCAUCCACCUGCCCCUGUAGAUAAUCCAAAUCGGGAGAGUAGUGAUCUGACGAUGCAGCUACGACGACAUGGGCCACUGAACGACGAUGAGGAACCGAAUUCGGAAACUAGGUCUGGCAACGCGGCUCUGACGGAAAAUGGGAGGGUGCAGGACGUGGGAAGGGAUAGCAGUGUUUUUAAGCAGGAUCCGAAGAAGUGA